GAUUUUCAAGCCCUUGACGAUUAUAGCAGUAAUAAUUUUCCGAAAUCGUUUUUUACCUUUUAACCUCCUGUACAAUAUCGCUGCUACGAGUUAGAGUGCAAUAGGUGUUCGUUAAUCGAUCGUAACUACAUACUACAAAGAUGUAUUCCCGUGCGGUAGUCCGCUCGUUCUUAGCGCGCUCGCCCGCGUACAACAAACUGGCGGCGGUCAACUCCUCGACCGCGGCCGUAUUCCAAGCCGAGCCCAAGCCCCCCGUACAGGGUGUGAUGCAAGUGCGCGAGGACAAGAUCGUCGGUCGCGACAUUGUCGGCUACGGUCUGAACGGCGAACCGCAAUACUUCGACAGCAUCACCUUCCCGUUCCCCAGCGUUAGGUUCAUGAAGAACACCCCCGAAAUAGUGGCUCUGCGCGAAAAAGAAAAGGGAGACUGGAACAAAUUGACUCUAGAAGAAAAGAAAAAAUUGUACAGAGCAAGUUUUUGCCAGACAUUGGUUGAAGUAGAUGCACCGACCGGUGAAUGGAAAGCUGUAUUUGGAUGGGUCAUGGUCUGGGUAGCUGUUGCCGUUUUUUCUUUUGUCGGAGUCCGUAAAUUCUUAACAAACACUGCUGAUGACCCAUCGUUGUCACUUGAAUAUCGUCAAGCCCAAUUGAAACGUAUGAUUGAUUUACGAGUUGAUCCAAUUGACGGUUUGUCCUCAAAUUGGGAUUACGAAAAGAACACAUGGAAAAGUUAAUUAUUCCGACUUUUUGUAUUAUAUUUUUUUUUUUUUGAUAUAUAGGUAAUAUAAAUUCAAAAUAGUCAACUGUGAGGAAUAAAAUAAACAGACUAUGUAAAUGUAAAACAA